CUCUCUUUGCAAGAUUUCCAGAUUCCUCCUUUCCUUUUCAGUUUGACACAUCAUACUUCAUCUUCUACCGAACAAAAUCUAUAUAUAUGCGAGAAACCAAAUUCAACCUUUAAAGUUUAAAACCCUUUAAGACCAGCUUUUCCCUCUCUCGCUGAAAAAGGGUUUCUCGAUUGGUAUCAGAAGGUAGAUGGUGUUGGAGCGCCAGCAGGCAUGGCAAAUAAUGCUGCGGAAUGUGUUGAAAGGGCAACCAGUGAUUUGCUGAUUGGUCCAGACUGGGCAAUAAACAUAGAGUUAUGCGACAUUAUCAAUAUGGAUCCUGGGCAAGCAAAGGAUGCCCUGAAGAUACUUAGGAAACGGCUGGGGAGUAAAACUCCCAAAAUACAACUUCUUACAUUAUUUGUGUUAGAGACACUCAGCAAAAAUUGUGGUGAGAAUAUAUUUCAGCAUAUUGUUGAUAGCGAUUUAUUGCAGGAUCUCGGAAAAAUAGUUAGGAAGAAGCCUGACUUAAAUGUAAGAGAAAAGAUAUUAAUUCUUAUAGAUACAUGGCAAGAAGCUUUAGGGGGACCUGGAGGUAGAUAUCCCCAGUACUAUGCUGCUUACCAUGAACUGAAGUCUUCUGGAGUUGAAUUCCCACCCCGAGCAGAGAACAGUGUCCCCUUGUUUACUCCACCCCAAACUCAACCGGUAGUUCAUUCUGCUCCAAUGUUUGAUGAUGCAGCUGUUGAGGUUUCUCUUCAAUCUGACACUUCUGAUCUCAGCUUGCCUGAAAUUAAAAAUGCUCAUGGACUAGCAGAUGUGUUAAUGGAUAUGCUUAAUGCAUUGGAUCCAAGAAUUCCUGAGGGUGUAUGCCAAGAACUGAUAGUUGACCUUGUGGACCAGUGCAAAUCUUACCAGACGCGUGUGAUGAAUCUAGUGAACAAUACUGUAGAUGAGGAGCUUCUAUUUCUGGGGUUGGCAUUGAAUGAUGAACUGCACCGUGUGCUUUGCCAGCAUGAUGACAUGGUGAAAGGAACACGUAAUGUAGGUGGAGGAACGGAAACUUCAUUCACACCUCUUGUGAAUGUCAACCAUGAGGAUGACGAAUCAGAAGAUGAGUUUGCACAGCUAGCUCACAGGUCUUCAAGAGACAAUACACAGGUGCAGGCUAGGAAGCCAGGCAAUAAUAAGAAUCAACAGCAUGUUAGCCCACCACUGCUUUCUCCACCACCCUCUUCAAAAUGGCCAAUUAGUACAGAUGCUGGCAUGGUUGAUUUUCUCAGUGGUGAUGCCUAUGGAUCAGAAAGAUCCUUGGAACCACCAGUGCCAAAGCCCUCUGUAGUUCCAUUUCAUUCAGACAACAUGCAGACAAGCUCUCUAUCUCCCCCUCCGUCACAUGCGAAGGACUCAUCUGAGCUGUCUGGACCACUCAAAUAUGAUAAACCUGUGCAAACAGCGAAGUCUACUGAGAAAUUGCCCCCCACCGCUCGGGAUGUCCAGUCUCUGAACCCAUUACCACCCCCACCUUCUAAAUAUAAUCAGAGACAGCAGUACUUUGAACAUCAGCGAGGGUUUUCAGGUGGUUCUUCGCAUUAUAGUAGCGGAUCAGGAUUUUCAUAUGAUGGGUUAGUUGGACAGACAGAGAAUCUUUCCCUUAAUCAUGGGGAGACACACACUCAGGACUUAUCGACCUCAACAAAACCAGAGGAGGCCCUCUUCGAAGACUUGGUUGAUAUUGCAAAGGACAAGCCUUCAUCUUCAUCUAAACAAAGGUAGUCAGAGGUCAUAUUGAACUUUAGUUAGGGGCUCCGGAUUACACUAGUAUUACAUUCCUUAAAUACAUACAUACUGUUGGUUUAUCUGGCUUAGCAGUUGUAAAGAUUGGCAAGACUGGGUUGACUAACAUUACUGGUUGCCCAAAUGUUCACUGGAGAUAUAGAGUAUAUGAAAUGCGAAUGUAUGGUGGUGUUCUUUUGUAA